ACUUGCUCUGAGAACACUUAAGACAACAUCUCAGGUUGCAGGAAGUUGUUGAGGUGCUCUUUUUUUUUCCUUUUUGCAUUGUUGUGGCAUGCAUGUAGGUUACACGGUGACGUUAAUUCGAGAUCCGACAGGCUGUUCAAAAAAGCACACGUUCUGCUACGAGACGACGCAAGUGGGCGCUUGGAAAAAUGUGAUGUGGAAACAGACGCUCGGCUUUGUGGGAGAGUUUAGUAAAGCCCCAGAGAGAGGGAGAGAAAUAAAGAGAGAUAGAGAAGGAAAUGUAGAAAGGGAGAGGGGAGUGUCUGUUCAGAGAGUUUCCUGUGAAGAGCUGCCGACGUACAGAGCUGAGAUAGAGAGAGAGGGAAGAGAAGAGGAAAGAAAGCUGGAGACAUCACGACGUCCAACAGGUGAAGCUGAAGCGCAUCAUUUACAUCCAGCUCCAGUUGAAACCACACCGUCAGCAUGGGAAAGCAGAACAGCAAGCUCCGUCCCGAGGUGAUACAGGACCUGUUGGAAAACACAGACUUCACCGAGCAUGAGAUCCAGGAGUGGUACAAGGGCUUCCUGCGGGACUGUCCCAGCGGCGCGCUCAGCAUGGAGGAAUUCAAGAAGAUCUACGGCAACUUCUUCCCCUACGGAGACGCGUCAAAGUUUGCGGAGCACGUCUUCCGGACCUUCGACGCCAACGGAGACGGAACGAUAGACUUCAGAGAGUUCAUCAUCGCCCUGAGCGUCACGUCCCGCGGCCGUCUGGACCAGAAGCUCAAGUGGGCCUUCAGCAUGUACGACCUGGACGGCAACGGGUACAUAAGCAAGGCGGAAAUGCUGGAGAUCGUUCAGGCCAUCUAUAAGAUGGUUUCUUCCGUGAUGAAGAUGCCAGAGGACGAGUCCACACCUGAGAAACGCACGGAUAAGAUCUUCCGGCAGAUGGACACAAAUCGUGAUGGUAAGCUGUCGCUGGAAGAGUUUGUAGAGGGCGCGAAGAGCGACCCCUCCAUCGUGCGACUGCUGCAGUGCGACCCCAGCAGCGCGGGGCAGUGAGUCUGCAGACAUAACCUCUCUUCAAGCAAGUCUUUCUGUGUUCGCUCUCCUUCAAAUACCAGCAGAGCAUGGACUCCAAAACCACACCCCUAUCUCAGCGUCUGUGGGCUUCCCGCCGAACACCUCGCACGAGAACAUUAAUUCCCCGCAGACACAGAACCCGGACGCACAGAGAUCAUACACGAGAAGCUUGUGUUCGUGUGUCUCUCUGUGUUUUUGAAUUCCUCGUAAAAGGCUUUUUUUGAGAUUAACACAACAGGCGAGUGACAAGUGAUAUCACAUCCUGUGCAAACCCUUUCGCAAAAGAGCUUUAAAUAAUAAGAGAGAGGGAGCUAAAUUUACAGAGCGUGCAAAAUGCACCAGAUGCCAUAUUUUGUCAAACUUUCUAAAUGGCAUAAAUAUUAAAAAAUGGCUUAAAAAUAUUAUUUAAUAAUUAUUUUUAAGAUUCCUAGUGUUCCUAGUAUUUCAGUUCCAUUCAGCACAUAAAUCUAUUUAAAAGAGAGGCUCUCGGGUGACAACUCUGUUUUUUUACUUGAAUAUUUUUUUUUCAGCAUUUAUUGCAUUAUGAUGUCAGAGCCUGCGAUAGAUUCUUAAAGGGGCGGUUGGGGUAAAAAUGUUUACCUUUGAUGAGCAUAUGGAUAAAAAAAUAACAAUAACUCUUAAAAAAAAAAAAACUACUUUUUUAAACAUGAAUACUCUCUGCAUAGGACUGAUAGCAACCGUAUAGCUGCAAAAUAUCAUAAAACAAAUAAAUACUCUCAUAGGGACAACAAUAAUAUUGAUCUUGCUGCUUCAAAAGAGAAGAAACGCGAAAAAAGUAUUAGGCGAAAAAAUAAUGUAGAUAUAAUUUAUGGUUUAACUUGUGUGGCUAUCACACCACGAAAAAAAAGCUUUUCUUUAUGAAACUGCUGUUGUUAUUAAAAUAUGACAUUUUCUUUUGUUACAAAUAAUCAUUUGUACAGUAAAAGCGUACGUAUGUAGGACAGCAAAGACCACACGUUACUAUGCACAUACACAACGGACCAUAAACCCCUGCAGCAUUUACUGCCAGACACCAGCCCACACCUUCACUUUCUGCUCUGUCCAGACCUCGAUUCAGUCCACCAUCAGCUGUGAACAAAUACUACAGGUUAGCCCGAGCGACUAGUUCAAGUACCAUUCAUAUCUGACUGAAUCUUGGCCUUAGUAUUGGCUUACGGUCUUUUCGUUUUUAUAUCCAGCUCAAAUCGUUUUGCACGCUGCACCUCAAAAUGAAUGUAUUCUCUGGGACAUUCUGUACAUUUCGGGAUGAAUAUGUGUGUGUGUGUGUGUGUGUGUGAUGCUUUUUGAGUACUCGUAUGUUUAGUGAGUGUUUUGUCUAUGCAUACUGUACGUUUCGGUCAGCACUUGCGAGUGUGGAGUCAGCGACACGGCGAUCGGAGUGUAAAAUAUUAACGUGUAAGAAUAUUUCUACACAACCUCAGGGGUUCGAAUGCAAGGGACUGUGUGAACGGAUGGAGCGCGCUUCUUAUCUAUAGCCCACUUAUAAAUGCACAAACACUCGCUCACAUGCAAACCAAAUCGUAUCUGAGGCCACAUGCGAGAUGGACAGCCAUCGGAAACUCUCUGCUGAUUUCAUUUUCGGUGAAGUCAAGGUCGUAAUGAUCAAAUUUAGCUCGAGAAGGAGCUUGAAUUCGAAUCGGAUCAUUUAUGUUUGUGGAUAUCCUCCUUCACAAAAACUAUUUAGCAUCUGGCAUUUUAUUUUUAAACCACAGAAGACAGCGACAUGUGGUCAAGUGCCAAACACAGAUGAAUUUAUAUAUGGCAAAACAAACAGUGUUCUAUCAGUGUUUGCUGUACAACGGUUAUCUGUCAAACUAAAUGUUUGUCAUCAUCAUUUUGUAGAUUUUAUAUGGUAACCUGUACGUUGUGUGAGUGUAGAUAUUAUGAACGCAGGCAUCUGUUUUGGAUAUAUAUAUCAUAAAUAAAGAAAAGGAAAAAGAAAAC